UCCGGGGCAACGAUAAACAAUAUGGCUGCGGAUAUAAUCAUGGAAGAGAAGGCAUACUUAGUCACUACACUGUGCAAGUAAUGUGGUCUUGUUAGCCAUUUAAACGGUAUCCUGUGGCAGCACAAAUUUGAAACGCGUCAUAAGAAUGGACUGCUGAGCAUUGGCCUUUGUCAUGGACGGCCCCAUCAUGAGCGAGGUGCACGAGGCCGCGGCGGCAGGGGACAGCGAGCAGGUCCUGAACCUAUUGAAUCUUGGAAAGUAUGACGUCAACCAGAAAGAUACCGAAUGGCAUGAUAGGACACCGCUGCACUGGGCUGCCAUCAAAGGUCACGCCGAAAGCAUCCGGGUCCUUGUGGACUAUGGUGCCAAUGUGGAUGCUGUCACUGAUAGCGGGUGGACGCCGGCACAUUUUGCGGCCGAGAUCGGGAAGCUUGGUGCCCUCAAGGCACUGCACAAGCUGGGCGCUGACAUGGAGAUCAGGGACUGCUGUGGAGACAUGCCAAGGGACCUGGCCUCUGUCUACGGCCAGACGGAAUGCGUGGAAUUCCUGAAAUUGGCCGAGUACGAGGACAGAAUACAGCGCGAGAGGGAGAAACAGGAACGGCUGGAGCGAGAGGAGAGGGACAGACGAGAGGAGGAUAAGAGGCGGCGGGAGGAGGAGCUAAGACAACAGAGGAAGCAGGAGGCAGAAAAGCGGGCCAAGGAGAAGGGCAAGGAGAAGGGCAAGAAAGGCGGAGGGAACAACGGCAGCAAGGGGAAGAGUUUAGCCAGCGUCGGAAAGGCUGUCCUACUCAUGGGUGGCAAGUAGUGUGACCUCGUCUAGUUGUGUCCCCUUAUUUAUUGUUCAGUCAUGUCAGCAGCUGUAGCCAGGUUGUCACAAAUUGUCAUUAAUCAGUCUUGAGUUACAAGCCGUUUCCGUGAACUGUGACCAUGGUGACAAACGGAUGCCUUUGUCAUCUUGACCAUUGUAAUCAAUAUCACAAGUUGUCACUUGUCACUCAAGCUGUCACAUCACAAGUCAUUUAGCCUCAUCAAGUGAUGAGCUAUUUCAGUGAAAUGACAGAGGCAGUCACUGCUCAUUCAGUAAUAGAGGAUCUUAUGAUUUUUUUAUAUCUGCUUGCGAUAGAGCUUACUGUAAACUUGAUUAAUGGCAGACAAGUGAAACACUCACAUUGCCCAGGCAAUAAUGAUUACAGCCCUAUUUCAGUGCUAGGUCACUAACACUCCAGUAGGAAGUGAUAGCAAUAUUUACAAUAAUGCAUCACUCAAAUGUUUGAAAUAAACUUUGCUUUGCUAUAGGUACUUUGAUAAGUUUUCCAACAACACUUACACCUUAAUGCCAAGUAUUCAAGAAUGUGUCCUGUAAACUCCGUCCUGAAAAGGGUAUUUAGUGACUUUGACAGUUGAGGGUAUUAAUAUUGUUCUAGCAGUCUCAGAAUAGUGUUUUCUUAGAAACAAGUGCUUUUAGCAUCCAGGUACAUGUACGUUGACAUAAUAUAUGUAUUAAACAUGUAGAAAGAUUGACAUUUAUUUUUCAAGAGAUCGACUUUGCACCUCCAAUGGAGAAGAAUUUGUCCUUUGUUUUUGUUAAAAAUUUGAGUGGCAAAUAACUACAGCAAACACUAGGGCAGAUUUCAAGUCGCUUUUAUGAAAGCUUUAUUAUACAUGUACGAUAUUGUAUUUCAUUUGGUACUUAGUCAGCAAAACGGCCAAAUAUAUUAAAUCAACAUUAGUAUCAA